UCGGUAUUUGGCCAGUAGAGGCGCAACCACACCAUCACAACACCACAACACCACAACACGAAUAGGCAGCAGGAGUGCUGGUUUUAAUUUAGCAUUUUGUAAAUUACUUUCAUGAUUUGAUAUUGGAAUUGGAUUUACUCUUCAGUUGGUGACAAAAGAUUAUUGAUAUCUGCUAAGAAACACAACAUGGAGACCUCAGACGACCACAGACUGGUUCGACCCAAGGAGAGCUUCUGUUCUUUGCUGCAGAUGGCAGGAGCCACCAAAGAUGUCUUCACCAUGAAGGAGGUGAUGUUCUACCUGGGUCAGUACAUAAUCCAGAAGCAGCUGUACGACCAGAAGCAGCAGCACCUCGUGCACUGCGGCCAUGACGCGCUGGGCCGCGUGCUGGGUGUCGACAGCUUCUCUGUCAAAGAACCUCGGGUUUUGUUUGCCAUGCUGACUAAGAACCUGGUGGCUGUGCCCGUGCAAGAGUCCUCGCAAGGUUUAGAUGGACCCACCGGGAGCAGCCAGGUGGAGCACUCAGAGGAGGCCGGAAGUCGCUCCUCAACACCAAACAGGAGGGCACAAAGGAGGAGGCGGAGGAGGAGCCGCAGGAGCAGCAGCAAUGGCCCCUCCCACAACAGCGUCGAGGAGGACAAGGAGGAGGACGCAUCAGAGGAGGACGAGGAGGACAAGGAAGGUCCAAAGAGGAGGAGGUCAGACAGCUACUCCCUGACCUUUGAUGACAGCCUAUCCUGGUGCGUGAUUGGUGGGCUCGGAGGCGGGGGGGACAGACGCAGCAGCCAAUCAUCAGACUCUCACAGUGCGUCUGGGAGGUCAGAGGUCACGGCUCCCCCCGUCCCCGAUUCGGACAGCGACAACUUCAGUGUGGAGUUCGAGGUGGAGUCCAUCGACUCCGACGACUACGGCGAAGACGACGCGUCCUUGUCUGCGGACGACCAGGUGUACGAGGUCACCAUCUUUGAGGGGGAAGACGACGACUCCUUUGAUGAAGACACCGAGAUCACAGAAGCUGUGAGUCCACACGCACGCACACGCACACACACGUGUGCACGAUGUCCUGGCGUGACGUUGCGUGUGUGUGUGCGUGCGCAGGAUUACUGGCGCUGUGAUAAAUGCGACGAGUUGAACCCGCCCCUCCCAAGAAACUGCCUUCGCUGCUGGAAGCUGCGCCAGGAUUGGCUGCGGGACACUUCCUGUCCUAAGGCCCUGCCCCCAAAGCCAACGGACCAAUCGGCUGUGAGAGAUGCCGCAGGUCACGACGCCGAGGACCACGAAGGAGUUGAUGUUCCGGACGGGAAAAGAACAAAAAGUCCCGCCCUCCAGUCGCAGUGCCUCUCCGAUUCCGCCUCCUCCGCUCCCAACUCCCAGGACCUCCUCUCCAGCUCCCAGCCGUCCUCGUCCUCCUGCUGCUCCUCGCAGGAGAAGCUCUGGACGAGCGAGUCCCAACCGUCGUCCUCCUCCGACUCGCAGGAGCCUCUCCCGUUCCCCCCCGUCGAUGCUCCCCCCGGUGACGUCCCCGAGCUGGAACGCAGCAUGUCGGCCGAGUGGCGCCUGCCAGACUCGUGCCUGGACCCGUGUCUCAUCUGUCAGUCCCGCCCCAAAAACGGCUGCAUCGUCCACGGGAGGACGGGACACCUCAUGUCCUGCUACGUCUGCGCCCGCAAGCUGAAGAAGAGGAACAAGCUUUGUCCCGUCUGCAGGCUUCCCAUCCAGUCGGUGGUCCUCACCUACCUCAGCUGAAUCGCUCCUCCAAAUCAUCGUCUUUCAGUCCGUGUGGGAACGGGAACGGGAACGAGAUCAAAGUUGUCUUCUUCAUAGAAGACGUUGAUGGCUUCCUAAGACGCCAUCAUUUGUCAGCUAGCAUAAAGCAAAGAGAGAGAAAGGAAUCGGUUUUCUGUUGUGUUUUUACUCAGAUCACGUGGUGAUUUUUGAUUUUUUUUCCCCAUUCAGUUUAUGAUAAUAUUUCCCAAAUGUGUCCUGAAGCAGGAACAACUUUGCCUUAAGAAGUCUAACUUCUAUUUUUGUCAGCACGCUUCCUUGACAGAAUGAAUCCUAGAAACCCAACUAGACUCAUUUCUUCCCCGGAAGCUUUAUGGCAUCAACUUUAGAAUGGACCUUGUGUGUGUGUGUGUGUGAAAUCAUGUAUUUAUUUAUUUAAGCAAACACUUUGUUUACUCUCUUCAAAUAAUACCAUGAUUAAUCUAUGGAGCUUUCUAAUGUUUCUAAAUAAAAUAUAAUUUCCGCGCA